AGGUAUAACAUUAUGUACGCCCUUUAGUUUUACUCUCAUUCACCAUUUGUUUCGUAAAAGAGAUAUCAAUUUUUAUGAAUUAGAUACAAUAAUUCUCUGUGUAUCCAAGAUGGUUUCUUUAGGCUCAUCACUUCUUUAAUCAAAUUUUCUGUAUUUUCUUUUCUUAAACCUAAAACAGCAUACUAUUCAAAUUUGCAAUGACUGUUAUAAUUUUAUUCGAUAUAAAGUCUCUAAGCAUCUGGAAACUUGAUUCUUCUACAGAAUUUUCUAUAAAUUUAUACAGCUUUAUUUAGGAUUAAUAUCGUGAUUAUUUCUACAUAAACCCAAAUUUUCAGAAAUCAUUUCCAAGACUGCUAGGUAUCUUUGGAUACUUAGGAUAUUUAAGCUGUAUGCGGAUUGUUGAUUUAAUAGUCCUACAAGUUAGUCGUAUUUCUAUAGAAUCUUGCCAUCUUGGGCUGAAUGCCUGUUUGUCGGGGUCUGGCCAAUCUAAAAAAGAGUUAAACAAGAGAGAUUAGGGAUGCUUUGAUGGUUGGAUUGAGGUUUAAUUUCAGGAUGCUCUUGGUUUUUAUUGAAAGCACUAUUUGAAAAUUACCAAUAAUUUAGAUACUAUCAAUAAAAGCAUUUGAGAGGAAGAAAUGCAGCAAUGGAAAGAUAUAGGUUGGCAAGGAGAUUUGCUAGGGACAUAUUCAAAAGUAGAAGCUGGAACUUGGAGAAAAGAAAUUGAUUUUAGCAGCAGCUCGAAUCAAAAAAUUAUCAGAAGGCAGAUGAGAUCUAGCUCAGAAAUUUCUGAUAUUCUAUUUUCAAUUAAAAUUUUUGCUGAUAAAGAAAAGAAAAAGAAGAAUUUAAUAAAAUAUCUUCAAAAUUUUGAGAAUUUGCAACUUUACUCAGUCCAAAUAAUUCAUACAGUGGGUAGUAUAAUGCCAGUCAACUACAUACUCCCAUCGGUCAUAAAGCUCCUUCCGAAAAUUGCCCUCAGGUUCAGCCUUACUCGAUUCCAAAUCAAAAACAAACAUAUUAUCCAACUAUUAUACAACUUUAACACUGCUUUAAACCUUGAUUUCAAUUUCUGAAUACUUGAGCUAACUCCAAAAUCUCCAAAAAUUCAAGCAAAGACUAACCUGGACACCAUAAGACUUCUUGGAUGUUCUGACACAGUUAAGCCAUUAACUCUAUCAAGCCCUUGUCUUAGUUUCUUCUUGAGCCUUCUCUGUAAUUCUAAAAUAAGCUGCUCUCUCAGCCAUCUACACAUCAUCCUCUGAUCAGCAUUACCUCUAAACACCAGAAAAGCCAACAAACUACUAACCAAGUACCAACUACAGUCAGUUCAAGUGAUGAUCAGGAGUUACGUAACUGGGCAAGAGCUAACCUUUGGAGCAGACUCAUAA